ACUAAAAGUCUAGGAUUUGGAUAACUGAUGAAGUUAUAUAAUAGGCUUGUGCAGAAGCUUCUCCGCCGAGUAAACUAUCGUGAAAUCAGGUGCAGUGGCAUCCUGCGUUUGAAUUUUAUGUUAUAUCACUGCACUGGAGAGUCCCAGGAAGAAUUUUUACCCUACCAAUGGUAUGAGAAGAUGUUUCCGAAGUUAACAAGAUUGACCCACUUGUUAAAAGACGUGGAUUCGAUUGAUGGAAGACUGGUGAAUGUGAAAGAUGAUUCAAUCAUCAUUGAUGAUCGAGUCCAACAAAGAAUGUAUAUGUUGAAGUCUCUUGCGAGGGUCUUUAUUGGUUCUCCAUCACUUCAGCAAAUGCUAAAGGAAAAGGCUUCUGUUUCGGGUUGCUUUAGUAAGCCAAAUGAAAGAGAGCCUAUGAUUGUGGGUUCGCUUACAAAAGUUAGCGAUUGCUUGAAUGUUACAGCUCAGCAGAGGAAGUCUGUUCGUCUCACAAUAUGUCCGCAGGUCACACAGCACCGGAUAUGGACAGGAGCACUGGAGGAGGUAUUGAACGGGUUGAAAACAGAGAUAGAUUUGUUGAACCAUCUGUCUCCAAGCAAAGGGACGAAGAUGGGUCAGCAGAUAGUUUUAAGUUGUCUCAAGUUCUUGGCUGAAUCGGCUGUUCCUAAUGGCCCUGAUUCCACUUCAUGGAUGCAGCUUGCACCUGCAAAAGUCGUGGAUUCUCCUCCUUCGCCCAAAUGGGAGGAUGUUCUUGAGAUGUUCAAUGAUCUCAUUAAUUGUUUGCAGAACGAAAAGGGUUUGCUUUAUCAUUUGACAAAGAUUGAGAUAAUGAAGGAAGGUCUGUCUCAGAUCAGGUAUGUAUUACUCGAUAACAGUAUCGGGUAUAAGGAGGCACGACUUCAAGAAAGCCUGAUAGGAAAAAAACUCUCCAAGACAUUGGGGCACUCUUCAAGAUGCUUGUUUACGCUUUUGUUGUAUUACCUCUACGGACACAUUAGAGAUAUUGAAGUGGAUUUGUGUGGUGGGAUUUAUGGGGACGGUACUGAGAAUAGGUUUACACUUUGCAUGGGUAGAAUUAUGACUUCAUACGAGGAGGAGAUGAUUUGGAAUGGGGUUAAGCAAUUGGAUAGGGCUCUUGGGUUGUUCAGGUUUGUGUGGGAGACAGCAGGAAUGAAAGGGAGUUUGGUGUUGCAAGGCCACUUGUGGUGUGUAGGUGCUGGUGAAAGGUCAUUUACAUAUAGAGGAAGUGAAUUCUUUCUCCAUGGGAUCAUCCUUGGACCAAAGGGUAUCUAAUCAAAAAACUGUAUGACAUUUUAAAGGCUAUUUAUAUUUAUAAUGCAACCACAAGCAUGACAUGUUAAUAACCUCUUCUGCGUUAAUAAGCAAGGAAACUGAAA